AUGCACUCAUUUGAUUAUAUCCUGAGAGCUGGGCUUUCCACUAGGGCCGGUGUGCCACAGAAGGGUGCUGAGAGUGGCGGUGUGCAGGAGUCUGUGUGUUAUGGCCUGGGCUCCUUCUCCACAUGUGUGACGGCGCGCUAUCAGCUGGCCCUCCUGCUGCUCCUGCUGGAUGCCCUGGAGAUCGCUGUGGAGCGCUGCAGUGUGUAUGAUCCUGUGUUCUCAACGUCAGAAUGCGAGACGCUGAGAAAUUUGGGUUUCAAAGUCAUCCUGGAAAAUGAGGAAGGCAAGCGCGCUGUGCAUCAGCCAACACUGUUCUACCUGAUGCAUUGUGGGAAGGCGCUGUAUAACAACCUGCUGUGGAGGAACUGGAACUGCCAUGACCUGGUCAAUCUUGUUGUCAUCGGCAACAGUUUCCUUGGCAUCCAAGAGAGGACGCUACAGAGGGAGCUUGAGAGAGAUUAUCCCUACCUGUUAACUGCGACGGGUGUGUGUGAAGAGACAGCGUUGCCGUGCUCACAGCGCUUCCUGGACGUCUUCAAUGACACAUCGCUGAUCCGGUUCAGGCCAGAGAGCCUCAGGCAACUGCCAGCGUCCAGCUGGACCGACCCAGAGGAGCCUCAGUACCAACACUGCCAGGACCUGGAGAUCAUCAGGAACCACAACACAUAGUGUGUGUGCAGAGGUGCCAAAAGUAAAAGUAAAAGUAAAGUUAUGGUUUAAGUACAACACUGGCACAUGGUAUUACAUAGCUGUUCCACCACUUAGUCCAUUGUACCUAAUGAGGUAGAUAGACUGUGUUGUUACUGAAGUAACCACCACAAAUUUGAUCCAACCAGGGCAGAGUUAACUGAUUGUAAGACAAGUACACAGGUCUACUGGUUACUCAGAUAAGUUACCUUCUAUCAUCACGGAAGGAAACAGUGUUUCUUUUUUUUACUUUUACUUCUGGUGUGGGUGCAUGCGUGCGUGGCGGGGAAAAACAGUAUCAUUGUAUGAAUGUACAGAUGUAUUGUACAUGGUGUGUUGCUUCAGUGACUGGUGGGUGAAUGUAUUAAAAACUGUGUGUGUGUGUGUGUG